AUGGAUAACGAGGCAGAUGCCUUUGAGUUACGCCGUGUUUUAGAUGAAGCCAAGCAGGAUGAGAGUCUGCGCGAACAAUGGUAUCGCUUUGCGCUGGUCCGCGACGUGAUGCGCGAAGAUAUGCAGCAUUACCAGCCGGGUCUGCGUGAAUCGAUCUGGGAAGCGAUGAACGCAACCGAAGAUCAAAAUGAAGAUGUUACUCAACCGCUGCGCGAUGUGUCCGUCGAUAAGCAGAAAAAUCAGCGUUCACCCUGGAUAGGGCGGCUCACGGGUACUGCAGUUGCCGCAGUGGUUGCCGUUCUGGUGAUGAUUAACGGCGGCGUUUUUGACAGCGAAAUUGAACCCGUCGCAGCCGACUAUGCGGGCGUUCAACCGGCUCUGAGUAGCGGUGAUCUGGCGCCGGUUAUGUACCAGCAGGCCACACCGGUAGAUCAGCAGCGACAACAGGCGCUGAUGUUGCAUCACAUACAGCAACGUAUCGGCGGAAACCAACAACGGUCUGAGCCCCUCCCAGCAAUGAUGAACGUCUCCCGUGUUCUGCUGCUGGCUGUUUUUGUUUUUCUGGCGCCGGGCAUUGCGGCUGCGCAAAGUGUUGCGCAGAUGCUGCAGGACAUGAACGCUGCGUUUACUAAUCACAGUUACGAUGGCGUAUUCAGCUAUUACACCGGUGGUGAGCUGGCCAGUCUGCGGGUAGUACACAAACAGGUAGAUGGCGUGCAGCGUGAGCGUCUUGUCCAUCUGAACGGGGCGCCGCGAGAAAUUAUCCGCAAAGGUGAAGUGGUGUCCUGCAUUGUGAUGCCGGGUGAUGAUCUGAUUGCGCUGGAAAAAAGCAUUCCGGCUGGACCGUUUGCACGUGCGUUUGUGCGGCAAUUUGACCAGAUCUCUGACACCUACAGCGUCGGCACUUUUGGCGAAGGUCGGGCGGCUGGCCGUACCGCGGUGCGGGUCGCAAUCAGCCCUAAAGAUCAGGAUCGCUAUGGAUAUCGGAUCUGGAUCGACAAAGAAACCUCACUGUUGUUGCGUUCGGAGCUGAUCGAUCAUCACGGGCAGAAACUUGAAAUUUUCAUGUUUAACCAGCUCCUGGUGGGUGACGAUGUGAAAGAUGCCGCGCUGGAGCCUGAAGGUGUCAGUGGCGGUAUGGUCAGUCACCUGACCCUGCAGGCUGCGGAUGAACCCUGGCAGCCACCAGCGGCCACGGGCAGUGCUGAUCCCAUGCCUUCAGCGUGGAGUACCCACUGGUUACCUGUGGGUUUUGCCAUGACCGAUUCCCACAUGCGUCACAAACCGGCCUCUGGCAGUCAGGUCAGCAGCCUGAUGUACAGCGACGGUCUGGCGGCAUUUUCAAUAUACGUAGAGCCGAUGCCUAAAGACGGCGCGGCCAGUAUGGUCUCGCAGAACGGCGCAACCGUUGCUGUUACCCAUCAGAUCAAGGAGCAGGGCCAGUAUUUCCUAGUCACACUGGUGGGUGAAAUACCGGAACUGCCAGAUUUCACGGAAUUGGUAGAACGCAAUGCGCCGGCAGUGGUCAACAUCAGCACUGUAGGGGAACCGCGCAGUCAACGCCGCGGCCAACCGCGCAGUGAGGAGCUGGAAGAAUUUUUCCGCUUUUUCGGGCCACCAGGCUCAAGACCUGGCGUGCCUAAUAUGCGUCCUUCAACGUCUUUGGGCAGUGGUUUUAUCAUCAGCAAAGACGGCUAUAUUCUGACCAACAAUCACGUUGUCGACGGGGCCUCAGAAAUUAUUGUGCGCUUAAGUGACCGCCGUGAGCUGGUCGCGGAACUGGUCGGCGGAGAUGUGCGAGCAGAUUUAGCGGUACUUAAGGUCACCACAGAUGAAGAUCUCCCGGUGGUUAAGCUGGGUGAGUCUGAAAAACUCAAAGUGGGUGAGUGGGUGCUGGCCAUCGGUUCUCCAUUUGGUUUUGAUUAUUCAGUCACCGCCGGCAUUGUCAGUGCAAAAGGGCGCAGCCUGCCUACUGCUCAGAACGAAAACUAUGUGCCAUAUAUUCAAACGGAUGUGGCCAUCAAUCCGGGUAAUUCAGGCGGACCGCUGUUUAAUCUGGAUGGCGAUGUGAUCGGCAUUAACUCCCAGAUCUAUUCAAACUCCGGUGGCUUCAUGGGUGUGUCGUUUGCGAUCCCCAUCGAUAUAGCCAUGGAUGUGGCGGACCAGUUGAAAGAAGAUGGUCGAGUCUCGCGCGGCUGGCUCGGGGUAAUGAUUCAGGAAGUUAGUCGUGACCUGGCUGAAAGCUUUGGUCUGGAUCGCCCGCAUGGCGCAUUGAUAUCAAAGGUGUUCGAUGAUACCCCCGCAGCUGCCGGUGGCUUGCGCGCCGGUGACAUCAUUACAAAAUUCAACGGCCGUUCGAUUGAACGUUCCGCCGAGUUGCCACACUUUGUCGGCCGCGUCCGCGCCGGCGCCAUGGCUGAUGUGGAACUGGUCCGAGACGGCAAAAAAAUGUCGUUGGAGCUGAAGGUCGGAGAAUUGGCCGAUCUUGGGGAAGAUGGCAGCCGACCGGUGGUUGGCCAGUCGGGUGGUGGACGCUUAGGUCUUGUUGUUGCCGGGCUGACCGAUGAGGAAAUGGAGCGCCUUGAUGUCAGAGACGGCGUCCGUGUCGUCGAAGUGUCUGGUGCAUCAGCAGAUGCAGGUAUUCGCCCGGGCGAUAUCGUAGCCAGGCUCAAUCAUCAGGCAAUCAGCAGCCCGAGUCAGCUGGAAAGAAUUGCAGAGUCAUUGACCGCGGGUCGGACGGUACUCGACUCCAUGGAUAUCGAACGUGAGCGUGGUAUCACCAUUAAGUCUCAGUGCGUCACCCUGCGGUAUGAACACCCGGAUGGCGGGCACUACCAGCUUAACUUCAUUGAUACUCCCGGCCAUGUUGAUUUCAGCUAUGAGGUGUCCCGUUCACUGUCUGCCUGUGAAGGCGCGCUGUUGGUGGUGGAUGCCGCUCAGGGUGUCGAAGCGCAAUCCGUUGCCAACUGUUAUACGGCGAUUGAACAGGGGCUUGAAGUGUUGCCGGUGUUAAACAAAAUUGAUCUGCCUCAAGCUGAGCCUGAGCGGGUGGCUGCCGAAAUCGAAGAUAUCAUUGGUCUGGAUGUCAGCGACAUCCAGACCGUCAGUGCUAAGACCGGCGCAGGUGUUGAUGAGUUGCUGCGUUACCUGGUAGAUAAUAUUCCGCCACCAGAAGGUGACCCGGAAGCUGAUCUGCAGGCAUUGAUCAUUGAUUCCUGGUUCGAUAACUAUCUUGGUGUGGUGUCUCUUGUCAGGGUAAAGCAGGGUCGAUUGGACAAAGGCUCGCGGAUUAUUGUGAAAUCCACCGGCAAAACCCACGUGGUUGAUGACGUCGGUCGCUUCACUCCGAAACGUACCCCGGAUAAGUCUCUUUCUGCAGGCGAAGUCGGCUACGUGGUCGCAGGUAUAAAGGAAAUUCAGGGCGCGCCCGUAGGUGAUACUCUGGUGUCGGCAAAAGCACCCGAUGUACCGCAGCUGCCGGGCUUUACCCGGGUUAAACCCCAGGUGUUUGCCGGCUUGUUUCCGGUUAAUUCUGAAGAUUUUGAGUCGUUUCGCGAAGCGCUGGAAAAGCUGGUGCUUAAUGAUGCGUCACUGUUUUAUGAACCUGAAUCAUCUGACGCCCUUGGUUUUGGUUUCCGCUGUGGUUUUCUUGGCAUGCUGCACAUGGAAAUUGUGCAGGAACGGCUUGAACGAGAAUACAAUCUCGAUUUGAUCACAUCUGCACCGACUGUCGUGUACGAAGUUGAAAAGGGGGAUGGCACAGUUGUGCAGAUCGACAACCCUUCGCGGAUACCGCCAAAUUUCAAAGAAAUGCGUGAGCCCAUAGCUGACGUGAAUAUUCUGGUGCCCCAGGAGUAUGUUGGCAAUGUCAUGACACUUUGCGUAGAACGGCGCGGCGUGCAGAAAAAUAUGAAUUUUUCCCAAGGCCAGGUGGCUAUGCAUUGGGAAAUGCCGAUGAACGAAGUGGUCAUGGAUUUUUUCGAUCGCUUGAAAUCGGUCAGCCGUGGAUUUGCAUCGUUAGAUUACGGCUUCCUGCGGUUCGAGACAGCCAAUCUUGUUAAGUUGGAUAUUCUCAUUAAUGGCGACAAAGUUGAUGCGUUAGCCAGUAUUGUGCAUCGUGAUCAAUCCCAGGCUCGUGGUCGCGCACUGGCUGAAAAAAUGAAAGAACUGAUUCCCCGGCAAAUGUUUGAUGUGGCUGUCCAGGCGGCUAUUGGAGGACAGAUCGUGGCACGGCAGACAGUUAAAGCUUUACGUAAAAACGUCACAGCCAAGUGUUACGGUGGUGAUAUUACGCGCAAGAAGAAAUUGCUGGAGAAGCAGAAAGAAGGCAAGAAGCGCAUGAAGCAGAUUGGUCGUGUGGAAAUCCCACAGGAGGCUUUUCUGGCGGCACUGCGGGUAGGCGACUUCAUUUUAGUCAACAAAUAUGCCUAUGGCCUGCGUUUGCCGGUGUUUGGUACCAAGAUUCUUGAUGUGGGUGAUCCUCAAAGAGGCGAUAUCAUGGUGUUUGUGCCACCCCAUGACUCACGCUAUUUCAUAAAAAGAGUCAUCGGCUUACCAGGAGACGUGGUCAGGUACGACAAUAAAGUGCUGUAUGUGAACGGCGAGCGUUUGGGAUACGAACUGGUUGGCGAAGUGCAGGACAGAAACUACGCUACAAUAGUCCGUGAAUUUAUCGAGACCAUUGACGGACGCGGUCAUCGAAUUUUCAAGAAUGGCGGUUAUGAAGAACCUCAGGAGUGGCAAAUUCCACCUGAUCGAUACCUCAUGUUCGGUGAUAACCGUGAUAUGAGCCAGGAUUCCCGUUUCUGGGGUUUGGCCAAAGAAGACAGUAUUGUUGGCAAAGCAGUUGCUAUCUGGCUACAUAAAGAGCCGGGCUUUACGUUGCCAACAUUUGACCGCAAUCAGUGGUUCGAUAAAGGAUCGUCCCUUGCGGAGAUCGCCAAACAGAUCAAUAUUGCUGCCUGUUUGCGUCUGGGUACCGGCGAGCGCAAGUAUCAGGCGAUUUACAUGGAUACGCCAGGUAUCCAUCGAAACACGGAAAAGGCCCUUAAUCGGUAUAUGGUUGCCAACGCAACGGCGGCACUGCGUGAUGUUGAUCUGCGUGUCAUGCUGAUCGAGGCGGGUAAGUGGACAGACGAAGAUGCGCAUGUGCUGGAAAUGCUGCGCCAUGCAGAUGCUGUCAAUAUUGCUGUGAUCAGUAAAGUUGAUCUGCUCGACAAUAAAAACCUGCUUCUGCCGGAAAUUGAGCGGAUCAAUGCCUUUGGAGUAUUCAGCGAAAUUAUUCCGCUCAGUGCGCUACGCAAUGAAGGCGUUGAGCAUUUCAGAGAGCAGGUUUUUUCACGCCUUCCCCCCGGCCCACAUUUAUUUUCUGCUGAUGAAAUUACCGACCAGACCGAAAGACGUCUGGUGGAAGAAAUAGUCCGGGAAAAACUGAUGCGCCAGUUGGGUGACGAAAUACCUCACAGUGCAGCGGUUGUGGUGGAGCGUUUUGUCAGUACGGAGAAGAUCACCGAAAUUCAUGCAGACAUUUAUGUUGAGCGUGAUGGCCAGAAGGCCAUAGUGAUUGGCAAACAGGGUGCACGUUUGAAGUUGAUUGGUCAGGAAGCGCGCAAGGACAUCGAGCGCAUGCUGGACAGCAAAGUCAUGCUGCAUCUCUUUGUAAAAGUUAAAAAGGGCCGGCUGGUGGGUGUCAAGAAAGGUAUGCGGCGCGGCCGCAAUCCAGUAUCCAUUCAACCUUUUACUUACGGACGUUUAUCCUACGUUGGCCGUUCGAAUCUGGUGACUAUUACACAAUACGACGCGGUGGGACGUUAUGACCUGCACGGGGAUAAUCUCAGCGCCGGUUUCUAUGUUUUAGAGCUGCUCACCCGAUGCCUUUCUGAGCGCCAAGCAGAGCCUGAACUGUUUGCUGCAGCGACUACCGUUUUAGACGCUCUGCAGUCCGCAGCUGCUUUGGCGCCGACAUUGCGCAGGUUUGAGGCUGUGCUGCUCAGUGAACUGGGCUACGGCAUCGACUAUAUGCAUGAAGCGGGUGAAGGUCGGGCGAUUGUUGCGGAUGGACGUUACCGUUGGGUGGCAGGACAGGGUUUUCAGCGCAUUGAAACACACGCAAUAGGCGCCGUUGAUGAUUUGCCGGGUUGGGUCCUGCACGCGCUCAGCAAGCAGGAUUACAGCCGGCCGGAAACGCUGCGUGGCGCAAAACACCUUUAUCAGAAAGCCUUGGCACCUAUGCUGGGCUCCGCGCCAUUGAUCAGUCGCGAGAUGGUUGGGCGUCUUACCUUAGAGGGCCUUGGUGAGACGGUUAUUCCUAACAAUGAAGGUGCGCCGCCCAGAACCGUGCUGAUGCGUAACGCUCUGCCUGGCGAAACUGUAACCGUACGGGUGCUGAAGCGCCGCAAGGGUAUCUGGUACGCGGAGUCAGCCACUGCUGGCGAGCCAGCCAGUCCUAUGCGCAGCAAGUCUGCCUGUGAACAUUUUCCAAGAUGUGGUGGUUGCAGCCUGCACCAUAUGCAGGAGCAAGAUGCCCUGCAGCUGAAACAAUCGCAAUUGCAGCAGGCCCUGGCAGAACACAAUAUUAAACCUGAGCGCUGGCAGAAACCGGUGCGUAUAAAUCGCGUAGGCUAUCGGCGCAAAGCUCGUCUUGGCGUACGUUGUGUGGGUGAACACGUUUUUGUGGGCUUCCGCGAAUCUUUCAGUAAUCGGGUAGCGCGUUUAGAUAACUGCCCGGUGCUGACAACCCAGUUGUCCGCAUUGAUUACGCCGUUACGCAGCCUGAUUGCGCAACUCAGCGUAGCAACAAAAAUUCCGCAGAUUGAAUUUGCGCAAGGUGAUGGCCCGGCCGUGCUGAUGGUCCGACAUCUAGUGCCGCUGUCCGUCGAAGACUUAUUACUAUGGCGGAAUUUUGAGCAACAGCAUGCCGUGACUGUUCUAUUGCAAGGCGGCGGUUACGAAACUUUACAGACACUUGAUGGGCAGCCCCCGGAACGUCUGGGCUAUCAACUGCCCAACUGGGGCCUGCAUAUGCAGUUCAUGCCGCAACAGUUCACUCAGGUGAAUCUUGAAAUGAAUCAGGUGCUGAUACGUUAUGUGCUGGCCCUGUUAGGUGAUCUUAAAGGUCGGAAGGUUGCAGAUUUAUUCUGUGGGGUAGGUAACUUUACCCUGCCGCUGGCCCGUCAGGGCGCGCAGGUCUGGGGUUAUGAAGUGGCCGCGGAUGCAGUGUUUAUGGCUCAGGCAAACGCACAGCGUAAUGGGCUUGCUGAGCAGGUAAAUUUUGCCGCCCUGGAUUUGUAUACAGAUACUGAGGCCGCGGCGCUGCCCGUGAAGGUUGAUGCGUUAGUCCUGGAUCCGCCGCGCAGCGGCGCGGGGCCAAAUCUGCCUCGCUGGCUGGCAGAUUUUCAAGGUGACAAGGUCGUUUAUGUCUCCUGCAACCCCAAGACAUUUGCGGCUGAUGCUGUGCAUCUGCAGGCAGCGGGCUUCGAGCUGCAAACGGUACAGGGGAGUCUGCAGAUGGUUAAAGUUCGAAAGUCGCUGCCGCGUACGCCGCAGGGAGAGGUAAAUAUACCUUUAUGGGUUGAUCAAUUGUGUGAUGCCCACGAACAGCUCUCUUUCGAUGCAAUUGAAGAGACCGUCACGUGGUUGGCUCGACAUCAACCUGACCAACUGGUUAUGGCGCUUGAAUUGGCGGAACUGGUGGCGCAGUUAAAUAUGGACCAGCCGUCGGUACAAGCGGGCCUUGUUUACCGCUCGAUACGCGAAGGACGGAUAUCUGAACAGCAGGCAGAGUCUCUGUGUGGUGCGGAAGCCUGCCGUAUCGCCGUAGCGGUUGCCCAGAUGGCGACCACCAGCCUGUUGGAAAUGUCCAAUUCGCCAUUGCAGGAAAAAGAGCAGCAGGAUCAGGUCGAAAACAUUAAACGGAUGCUUGUCUCCCUUAUUGAUGACGCCCGUGUAGCCGUAGUGAAACUGGCGGAACGGGUGGCAGCACUGCGCCGGGCAAAAACCUAUGAACCAGAAAGACGACAGCGGGUAGCGCAGGAAGCAAGUCGAGUAUUUGCUCCGCUGGCAGGCCGGUUGGGUAUCUGGCAGCUGAAAUGGGAGCUGGAAGACCUGUCGCUACGCUACACCCAGGAAGACGUCUACCUGGACAUCGCCCGGCAGCUGAAAGGCAAACGUGCUGAGCGGGAAGUGCAGGUUGAACACAUGAUUGACCAGGUUCGUGGAUUAUUGCGCGGCCAUGGCAUUGACGCCGUGGUUUAUGGGCGUGCCAAACACAUCUACAGCAUCUGGCGCAAAAUACAGAGUAAAAACGUAAGCUUUGACCAGGUUUACGACGUGCGUGCUGUCCGCAUAGUGGUGAAUACCCUUGCUGAGUGUUACGCCGCGCUAGGCGUCAUACAUACAACCUGGCGACAUCUGCCAAGUGAAUUUGAUGAUUAUAUCGCUAACCCGAAAGAGAAUGGUUACCAGAGUAUUCAUACGGCAGUCACGGCAUCAGAUGGCCGCGUCCUGGAAAUCCAGAUACGCACAGCAGCAAUGCAUGAAGAUGCUGAACUUGGCGUCUGUGCACACUGGUCUUACAAGGAUGGCCGUCCUGAAGACGGAAGUUAUGCCGCUAAAAUGGAUUGGUUGCGUCAGGUCAUGGAGUGGCAUGAGGAUCUGGCGGGCACAGAAUCUAUCAGCACACUAUUGCAGCAUCGUAUCAGUCAGAGUCGAAUUUUUGUCUCAACCCCCAAAGGUCAUGUUUUAGAGCUACCGCCGGACGCAACAAUUCUGGACUUUGCUUACAGGGUGCAUACGGAUAUCGGGCAUACGUGUACAGGGGGGCGCGUCAAUGGUGUGCUCGCUCCCUUAAGUCGACAGCUGGAAACUGGCCAGCAGGUUGAGGUUAUCACCUCGGAGAACGCAAAACCGCAACGAGACUGGCUUGAGGAGAGUUUAAGUUUCGUCAAUUCUGACCGGGCCAGAGCAAAGCUGGUUGCUUACUUUCGCCACCUGCCGGCGGCGGAACAGCAGAGGGUAGGAAAGCAGUCGGUGAGUACAAAGCUGGCAGCGCUUGGUCUGGCAGACCUGUCUCCGCCACAGCUGCAGGCCUUGGCGGAACGGAACGGGUUUAGGCAGGUUGCCGAGCUUUGGCAGGCGGUGGGCUCCGGCGAAUUAUCAGCAAUACAUGUUAUUGUGGCGUUAGCCGACGAGGCGUCCAUUCACAGCCAGCGAGAUCUGCCGGGUAUCCCAACCGAAUCCUAUCCUUACGAUGCCAGGUUUCGCCUCAGCGCAGAUAAUCGAGAUGGCUUGUUGCACGAUAUCACUCAGGUUAUCGGUGAUAUGGGUAUGGCAUUAACAGGUACAACUGGACGGGCUAUCAUUAGCGUUGACGUGAGUUUGUCAUCCUGGCAGCAGAGCGUUGAGUUUGCACAAUUUAUUAAAGAGCGCCUGGGUAUUCCACAGAUAUCCACUGGCGAUAUGCUGCGUGCAGCAGUUUCAUCAGGCAGUGCCCUGGGAGAACGGGUCAAAGCAGUGAUGGAUUCUGGUGCGCUGGUAUCAGACGAAAUCAUCAUCGAUCUGGUAAAAGACCGUAUUACGCACGACGAUUGCGCCAACGGCUUCCUGUUCGACGGCUUCCCGCGCACCAUUCCCCAGGCUCAGGCUAUGACAUCUGCGGGUGUAGAAAUUGAUGCGGUGGUCGAAAUUCAGGUGCCUGAUGAAGAGCUUGUGCGGCGAAUUACAGGCCGGCGGGUGCAUCCUGGCUCAGGUCGGGUUUACCAUGUGAUCUACAAUCCGCCAAAGGUUGAUGGCCUGGACGACGAUACCGGUGAAGCGCUGGUACAGCGUGAAGACGACACUGAAGAAACCGUGAGACAGCGUUUAUCGGUGUACAAAGAGCAGACCGAACCCCUGGUUGAGUUUUACCAUGCGAUGGAAGCUCAGGGCCUGCGCUACAUUUCCGUCGACGGACAAGGUGAAGUCGCCCUGAUCCAGGCCUCGAUAGCAGCGGCACUGGACAGCACCCAGAACUGA